UAAAAACAAAGAGCGAGAAAGAGAGAGAGAGAGAGAGAGAGAUUUACAGUAGAUAACAAAAACAGAGAAUAAAAACAGCCAAUGACAAAAACAAAUAAUAAAGCUAUUAUUAUAACCCAUUUCUCAUUUCCACAUUCACAUUGGUUUUUUAAUUUUUGUGUUUUCAGAAAACAGAAACAGCAGAAGUGAAACCAAAACAGAAACAAAGUAAAAAAAAAAAAAUGAAAAUGUGCCCACAAAACACACGCACGAUAAAAAACAGAGUACAAACUUUUGCGUUGAUUUGGCUUUGGGGUUUCGUUUUUGCUGUUGUUGUUGUGAGGCCGCAUUAAAAACCCACUUUCCUUUUUCCAUUUAUCUUAAAUCCUAAUCACACUAUCAUCCGCGAUUGUCGCAGAACUGGAAGGAAGAAAAAAACAAAGGACAAACACAAAACCAAAAAGAGAAAGAAAAAAAAAAAAAAAAAGAUAAGCAGAAAGUGAGAGAGAGAAAGAGAAAAAGAAAGAAAGUGAAAGAAAAAAAAGUCUGAGAAUGGAAAUAGAAAAUUGAUGAGGGACUGAAAAAAACAUUCCAAUUUAGUGGUAUAAAAACCCAUUUCUGUUUUUCGACCCUCCAUUCUUGCUCUGCCACCCGAAAAAAAAAAUAUUUUUUCCUUGGUUUUCUGCUAAAUUCGCUUUCCGAGAAUCCGGGAACCGAACUGCGACCCGGUUCGAUUCGUUUUCCCGAUCUUGGGUCCGAUCGGUUUCCGGCCGGAAAGGAUUUUUCCGGGUUAUAUGGUUGUGAGCUCCGGUUGCCGGCGGCGGUGGUGAUGGGUUGCGUGAGUUCGAAGCAGGCGGUGUCUGUGACGCCUGCUUUCGAUCACUCAGGCGCAUUUAGGGACAAUGCGGGGAAUUCGGGUCGUAGCCGGGUCAGUUUGGGGGAUUUGGAGAAGAAGAAGAAGAAGAAGAAGGGGAGUGAGUUGGUUGGGUUGAGCGGGAGCGAGUUGGGUGAGUCGGGAAGAGCGAGUUCAAAUGGUGGUUGUGGUGGUGGUGGGUAUGAAUCUUUAAGCUUCAGACUUGGGAAUUUGCAGAAAUAUGUGGAAGGAGAGCACGUGGCAGCUGGGUGGCCGGCUUGGCUCAGCGCCGUCGCCGGGGAAGCAAUUCACGGUUGGGUGCCACGUCGAGCUGAUUCCUAUGAGAAACUAGAGAAGAUUGGACAGGGUACAUAUAGUAGUGUGUUCCGAGCACGUGACCUUGACACUGGGAAGAUAGUUGCUUUGAAGAAGGUCCGGUUUGACAAUUUUGAACCUGAGAGUGUCCGGUUUAUGGCACGAGAAAUCAUGAUUCUUCGCAGGCUUGACCAUCCAAAUAUCAUCAAAUUGGAAGGCAUAAUUACAUCCCGUCUAUCAUGUAGCAUAUACCUUGUGUUCGAGUACAUGGAACAUGACAUUACUGGACUCCUGUCUUGCCCUGACAUCAAAUUCAGUGAGGCACAGAUCAAAUGCUAUAUGAAGCAAUUAUUAUCCGGACUUGAACAUUGUCACUCGCGUGGUGUAAUGCAUCGGGACAUAAAAGGAUCAAAUCUUCUAGUGAACAAUGAAGGAAUUUUGAAGGUGGCUGAUUUUGGAUUGGCAAACUUCUGUAAUUUUGGACACAGGCAACCCUUAACAAGCCGUGUUGUCACAUUAUGGUAUCGUCCUCCUGAACUUCUGCUCGGGUCAACAGAUUAUGGAGCUUCUGUAGACCUCUGGAGCGUCGGCUGUGUCUUUGCAGAACUACUCAUGGGGAAACCGAUCCUUCAAGGGAGAACAGAGGUUGAACAGCUGCACAAGAUUUUCAAGCUUUGUGGCUCCCCACCUGAUGAUUACUGGAAAAAGUCCAGACUUCCCCAUGCUACUUUAUUUAAGCCACAGCAACCCUAUGAUAGUUGUCUACACGAGACUUUUAAAGAUUUGCCUACCGCAAAUGUGAAACUACUAGAAACUCUCCUUUCUGUAGAACCAUAUAAGCGUGGGUCAGCCUCCUCUGCUCUUGCAUCUGAGUAUUUUACAACAAAGCCUUAUGCAUGUGAUCCAUCUAGCUUUCCAGUAUAUCCACCUAGCAAAGAGAUUGAUGCCAAAAAUCGGGAGGAGGCAAGAAGGAAGAAGACUAGCGGGAGAGUUCGUGGACCCGAUACAAGAAAGACAACAAGGAAACCCCUUGGAAUCAGUAAACUGGCACCAGCAGAGGAUUUGGCAUCUCAAGCCCAGGACACAAGUAAAAGCAAUAACAAUAAUGAACGUAGUCGUAAAGAAAACAAUGCUAGUGUACGUGGGGAGGUGCCAAAGUCAUCCAUUGAUAAACUGGAAGAGGCCUUGCAUGUGAAGAAUGCAUCUCAAGGGGACAUUCCCUUCUCAGGCCCAUUACAGGUUUCCACAUCAGGUGGCUUUGCAUGGGCAAAAAGACGAAAAGAAGAUGCUGCAAUAAGAUCCCAUAGCCGUUCUAUUUCAAGAGGACAUGUUUUUAAUGCAGUUGAACCUUCUGUUGCAUUGCCUUCAAGGAAUAACUUGGACCUUAAAAAGCUUGAAAAUGGGGACAUUAGACACAGGGAACGUGCAGACUCCAAAGGCCAUGAUUCAUAUGAGAUUGCCAAGAUUGCAAUCCAAAAUCAAUGGGGCAAGUUUGAACGUCCAGAUUCUUUUGAUGCUUCUGAAGGGUAUCACUCACAAGAAUUAUCCCUCGCACUUUAUCGAAGAGAGGAAAUGGGAGCUAGUAAACAUGAUCUGGGUUUUCAGGAUCAAGGAGACAAAGUUGAAUUUUCUGGACCCUUGCUAUCUCAAACACAUAGAGUUGAUGAACUGUUAGAAAGACAUGAGCGCCAAAUCCGACGGGCAGUCCGAAAAUCAUGGUUCCAUAGAGGAAAGAAGCUUGCCAAGUAAUUUGUUUGAUUCAAUUGAUUUGUGGAACUUGGGAAGAGAACAGAUAUCUCUAACCAUAAAGCAGAUAAGUAUACAAGAAUUCAACUGGGCUGAGGGCGUCUCCUAUAUGGCUACCAUGUCCAACAGACGCGAAAACAACUAGCUAAAGAAGCACGCAUCCCUAGCAAAAACACAGUGACAAAAGAUGCGGAGAAACUAUGACCAAUUAGACUUAUUUUGAUUCAUAGGGCUCCAAAGUGGUAGGAAAGGAAACAAUGGUUUCUUUGCCCUAAUGUAAUAUUUUCUCUUCUUCCUUUUGCUUUUAUUUAGCUUCUUUAUUUUCUGAUCAGUCAAGUCCCAUCCAGCAAUGUAUAGAUAGAUCCAAAUCCUAGUGGGUUUCAGAGAAAAGCCUGUAAAUUUUUGUGGUUCAUAAGGUAUAAUGCAUCAAGUUUUCCCCUUCUCAAAUCUUUA